AUGUCAAUCGAUAUUGACAGACAACAACAUAACCUCCAAAAUACUGCAUUUUAGGUGCCGCAAUUUUUAAAUUUACAAAAUUAUGUUAGAAUACGAAACUGAACUACUAUCUGUUUGAAAACAAUUAUCAUCAAAGUAGUGUUUCUGAAUAAUUUUAUAUUCACAUCGAGUGAAGUAUACCUCGGAUGAACUCACAAUAUUUUUACCUGGAUAUCGAAUCCGAGGAGUCCAGCUUAGGCGUGCGGCGUGCAGUGGAAUCGGCGGCGACGGAACUGUUCGGCUCCUUGGGCGGCGCAGCGCUGCACGUGGACGUGCUACGAGCAGGCGGCAGGCGCGCGCUCUUGCGGGUGAGGGCCGACCAACUGCGGCGGGUGCGGGCGGCGCUCGCACUGUCGGCGCCGGCGCUGCGCGUGCAGGGACAGGCUACCUCGCUGCAAGCUCUCAUUUAACAGCUGAAUACAUUAGAAACAAGCAAAAUGACUAGCAGAGCCGUUUUAACGUCUGGCCCUGGUGGUAAAGACAUAGUAAUGGUGGCGACACGGGAGGAGCUGUCCACCCCUAGCAAGGUGACACUGCCGGAACCUGAGCCUGCACCAGGGCUUAUCAUGCCAGAUGGCUCCAUCAACUGGGGCUGCCCAUGUCUUGGAGGCAUGGCCACUGGGCCCUGUGGAACACAAUUCAGAGAGGCCUUCUCAUGUUUCCAUUACAGUGAGGCAGAUCCAAAGGGCAGUGACUGCUACGAGAAGUUUAGUGUAAUGCAAGAUUGUAUGUCACACUACCCCGAGCUGUAUGGCAAGGAUGAAGACGACGAACUGGCGGCCGCCAUGAGCGAGGCCGAAGCGGGAGGCGACGCGGCUUCUGCUUCCGCCACUGCGGCCGCAGCCGCCAAUACCCCCGUCCCCGCCCCCGCCGCCGGAGACUCGCAGCCUGCCACCGCCAAAUCUAAAUAACUUAAAGUAAACAUUUAGUUUUACCUGCCUAAGGGUAUUACAUAAAGCUAUGUUAGUUUAAUUGAGAAUGUAACGAUAGUCUUUAUUUUUUCUUGGCAUAUGUAGUUGUUGAGUUUAUUGGCAAUGUUGUUUUAUGAAAAAAAAAAACAAACAUUUCCCAUAGUAAGACUAUUGACAGUUCAAAAGGAAGUUUUGAUAUUUCCUGUAUACAAUAAUAUUUAGCGUUAAUAAAAAUUGUAAGAAAA